AUGUUUCGACACGCUGCAGGUCUUUUCCUCGUCGCAGUCGGCUCCGCAGCCGCCCUUUGCAUCAAAACCGUCACACAUAGCGGACCGGCUUGUCCCCAGCGCGAUAGAGUGACAUGGUCCGGUGGCCUAGAUGACCUGACCAUCACCAUCCCCGACUUCAGCGAGACUCUAGCUAGCGGCCAGAUGACGAGCUGCCAGGUGCACCUGCUCAUCGACGAAGGCGAUUCCGGCAAGGCUUUGCUGCUGCAGGACGUCACCGUCAGCGGGGGGCUCUACCUGAGCUCCAACACCAAGGUCGAUUUCUAUACGACGGCAUACUGGUCCGAGACGGCUUUUGAUACUGUGACCAAGUCUACGAGCACAUCGUCAGGCUCCACGGCCGUUUUCCGGAACGUGGACGUGGCUCAGCGUGUGAACUCGGCGUCUCCUUGCGUUAGUGGCGAUGGCUACGUUGGUAUUCUCAACGUGACUUUUCGCAUCAUCUCCCAAGGCGGAGGAUUGGUUGUCUUUGGCAAAGAACAUCAGGAUGGGAUUACUUCUCCCGUCACGGAGUCGUUUGCUUUCAAGUGGAAGGGCUGCUAG